AUGUCCAGCAAGUCUAAUUAAUUUAACGAUCCAUUCAAGGUUGUAUUUAAUUAGAAAUAGAAGUAGGCUGCAAUCAAGAAAAGUCAAAGUCUUAAAAUUCAGAAGUCUAUUGCAAAAAUCGAAAUUGACUAUGAUGAUUUGAUUGCUUUCGAUUCAACUUCUAAAUUAGAGUCGAGAGGUUUUUUUACAAAGGUAUCUUGUUGUUUCAAAUGCUGCAAGAGAGAAAAUCUUUAUAGAGUUGAGGAGGAGGACGACUAUCUAGAGCCAAAAGGAGCUGCAGUAAUUUUAAGGACAUUUGAAGGGUUAAGAACCAAAAUAUAACUGUUUGGUAGAUAACUACUCGUGAAUAAUAAAAAGAAGCAGGAUGAAGCUAUUUUAAUAGAGAAGUCUUAUGAGUAAUCUAGUGGAGCUUUCUUAGUCUUUGAGUACUUGGUGGAUAUUUUAUUCUUCAUUGACAUUCUUGUUAAUUUUGAUAGUGCCCUUGAACUCCCAGAUGGAACAAUCGAUCCUAGAUUAAAAUCUAUAUCUUUGGCUUACAUUAAAUCUUGGUUUAUUUUGGAUCUUUGUGCAACAUUCCCAACUCAAUUUUUAGAGAGUUCUGGAGAUUCCUCUUCAUCAACUACUACAACUGGAGAUCCAUCAACUGGAACAACUUAAGUCGCCACUUAGAAGUAAAGUAGCUCUAACUAUAACAAGCUGUUGAGAUUAGCUAGAUUGCCUAGACUUUACAGAUUGCUAAGAAUCUUAAGACUAUUUAAAAUUGUAAAGAUCCUUCGGUAUAAUUAGACAUUAUAACGUAUUUUCGAUAAGAUUAAAAUGAAUGCUGCGGUUAGUCGUAUGAUAUUCACUCUAGUAUUUGCAUUCUUUUCAGUGCAUUUGAUAUCAUGCUUUUGGUUCCUAGCUGCAAAAUUUGAUGACACCAAUCCUGAAACUUGGGUCUCAAGAUUAAAGCUCAUAGAUGAGGAACCAUCAACUCUCUAUCUAGAAUGCUUAUAUUGGUCUUUACAGACUGUGGCCACUGUAGGAUUUGGAGACUUUGGGGCAAGAACUGUAUCUGAGCUUUUUCUUUGUAUUGUAUGGAUGAUCUUUGGCGUAGGCUUUUACUCUUUUGUUAUUGGUAACUUGACUUCAAUUAUUGCUAAUGAAAAUGCUAACUCAGAGAAUCUCUACAAUAAGCUUAAAGCAUUAGAGGAAUUCGCUAAAAAGACAAAUCUUCCUGAAGAAUUACAUUUUAAAAUUAGAUAAUUCUUAGAAAAUAACUAUAAUGAGUUAUUUAGCAGAAUUGAUGAAAAUUAACUACUUUAAGAAUUACCUAUCACACUUAGAGACGAAGUUUUCAUUCACAAAUAUUAAGGUCUUCUUGAUGCGAUUGAUUUUUUGAGAGAGUGUGAAAAUAAUGAAUUUGUUUGGGCUAUGGUACAGAUGCUUAGGAAAAUCAAGGUAGAUAAAGAUGAUGAAGUUUACUAAGAGGGAGAUUUUGCUGAAGAAAUAUAUUACAUCAAGUCAGGAAAGAUAAGACUUUAUGCUGAGAAUGGAUUUCCAUUUGCUUCAUAUCAGGAGGGUUAACAUUUUGGAGAUCCUGAAGUUUUGUUUAAAGAAACAAGAGAUGGGAAGGCAGUAGCUCAGACUGAUUGCUUAUUUUAUGCUCUACACAAAGAUGAUUUAGAAAAGCUAAUAGAUCAGCACGAUGAUAUGAAGAAGAUCAUUUACGAGCAGGCCUUGAAGAAAAAAGAAGCACAUCAAAAAGGUAAAGAAGCGGCAUCAAAAGUUUAGCCAGUAUACGGAUAAAUGAAUAAGGGUUCGAAUUUCUUAAAAGAAGCUAUGAAAUAAAAAUUUGUAACUUUUAUUAAUAGAUAAAUUACUAAUAGGGCAUGCAAAGUAGGAAAUCAAAAAUGGAAGAUAGUUUUAUGGAUGACGAGCAUGAUAGAGAAAAAGAACCUGAUAUUAAGAUAGAUUUCUCUCGUUUGGAUUAAGUUGCCAAUGAAUAAGAUACCUAAAUUAGAAGUAAAACUUAAGUUUGUUUAACUCAUCAUAGAAAAAGGAAGCAAUCCUAUAAGACCAUCAUCUGACGGUAAUGGGUAGAGACCACAGAUGCUUGAGUAAAAGGUAGAAGAUUAUAAAUCAUCAAUACCUGAGCUAACUGAUAAUGAUAGAAAGAAGCUCUAAAGAAGUAACUCUAAAAAGAAAUCUUAGGACUUCCUCUUUAAAAAGAAGUAGAGACUCAAUAAUGUGCUAUCGAAUGUAGACUCGGCCCCUGAUUUCACCAAAAAUGUCUCAAGUUUACUUUAAAGCUAAACUCAAGUGCUGACUUAGAACAAUAAUAGUCACAGACUUGAAAAUAAUCUAAUGUAAAAUAAUGAUCAAAGAAAUUUCACUGAUAACUUCGAAGAAAAUUUUAUGAGAUAAAGACAAGUGGAAGAACUUAAGAAGGCAUUUAAGAAUAAGAAUAAGGUUUCAACUAUGGAAUCCUAUGAAAAGAAAAAGAAUGAUAAUUUUUCAGUUUUUAACAACCCUAACAUUAAUGUUCCAACAAUAUAAGAAAUAAUCGAGCAAGAUGAAACUCUAGGUGAUGCUGAUGCUGAAUAAGGUCUUGAAAAUUUAGCGAGGUUUAAUGAAGAUAUGAGCAUGAUUGCUUUGAAUGUGUAUCAAGUUUUCAAUUUAUUUGACUUAAUCGGAAAAGAAAACGAAGAGAUCGUAAGUUGGAUGUAAUCUUUAGAAAAACAGACUAUUAUUGCUGAGGAGAGACAGUCAAAGGUUGAAAGAAAAAUUGACUAAUUGAUAAGUGGAAUGAGUUCCAAGAAUACUUCCACUAUCUACCAUCAAAGAAAUGGUAAUCAAUCUAAUGGACUUGAAGUUCUAGGGGUAAAAAGUGAGAUGAUCGCCAUCAGCUCUAUGCAAACUUAAAAUCACGCUAUAAUCCCUAAUCAAAUCCGAUUUGAAAGAGAUGCUUAAAAAAUGAAUGAUGUUGUUUAAAAAGAAGCCUAAGAAAGCAAUCAAAUUGAUUAAGAUAAGUCUGAUGAAUGGGAGGAUGUUGAAACUUAGACUUUCGUUCUAGAUUACACAAAGAUCAAUGAACUGAGUUCUAAACUCAAAACUUAGAAGGAUGCGCAUUUCAGCAAAAAAAGAAAUGAUUACUCAGAAGAUGAUUAGUUGGCUGAUGUGAAAUUUCAGUUGAAUGAUAUUUUUGUUGGGAAAUCAUUCAGCCAUUAAAUUCAAUUACCAAAUGGCAGAAUUAGUGAUGAAAAUAUUGAGAUGUAAUAAGUGAAGAAGAACCAAAUGCUUAUCCCAAUGAUUAGUAUGAAAUUAGAUAAAAAUUAGAAGCAUUUUUGGUAUCAAGGUUCUUUUAAUCCAGUAGUUGGAACAAGCUUAUUUUUAAGCAUAGACACAGAAUAAAAAUAAUUGAAAGUUGAAGGAUCAAAUCAAAAAUUCUUUCUCUUAGAGAGGAAACAUCUGGGUUCCUAGGCUAGAAUCAUCAAAGCAAGUACUAUAGACAUACUUAAUGAAAGACUCACUAAGUAAUCUCAUCUACCUAACUCUGGAAAGGCUUAAAAAAAAUUAUCAAAGUCUAAAUACGAUAUUAUGGUUAAUUUGGACGAUGAUGAUGAACGAAAAAGAGAUAAAAAGAAGAAAUGGAAACAGCAUAGUAGAAUAUCAGUAUAGAUUCUAGAUCCUUAAGCUAAGCUGAAUUAUAGAAAUUCAAAUGCUAAAAUAGAUAAUGAAGAAGAAAAAGAUGAUGGUCAUUAAGAAUAGAUUUAUAUCUAAAGCUAGAAUAUGAUUAGAUCAUCGAUGGAAGAUAAAUAAUAAAACUCAUUACAAAUCUCUUCUUCAAAUUCUAGCAAAAAGGUAGAAUUUCUUAAUCCUAAUGAUAAAAAGCAGUAAUGA